AUGACGACAACCCCAGUUGGAAGAACUGCGAAACCCACACCUAGCCUGGACACCACAAGAUCAAAUUCCAAUGCCAAUGCGAAGACAACCCGAAACUCGAAAUCAAAUGCAUUUACAAGCUCAGCGAUCCGCAAUUCGAGAAACGAUGCAGAGUCCAUGUCGAAUUCUACUCCGACCCCAAAGCCAAAGACAAAUGCAAGCUUGGUUACCAAAUCUACCCCGGAGACCCAAAAACCAAUUCCAAAACCAACAUAUCCAAAACCAUUGGUGAUCUGGCAUAUAAAGCCAAGUAAGAAGAUCUGGCUUACAAAGCGAAAUAGGAAGAGAAGUUCUAACCCCACGAAUUCGAAGAAAGAUACUGAGUCUACAACGAAUCCAACUCCGAUUCUGAAGCAGAAGGCAAAUACAAGCUCGGCUGGAAGAAAUGCACAACCCAGAUCUAGCCCGGAGAACAAAAAAUCAAUUCCAAAUGCAAAGUUAACCCGGAACUCAGGGUUGAAUGGAGAGAGAAGCUCCAAGAUUGCGACUUCGAAGAAGGAUGCGGAGGCUUUGGCUCCGGUUACUGCGGGGAGAAUGAUUAUUGAGAUUUCAGACUCGGAUGAUGAUGAUGAUACUGAUGGAGAUAUUGAUGAGGAUGUUGAUGAUACUGACGGAGACGGAGAUGUGUAUGUUGAUGAGGAUGAUGAUAUUGAUGAAGAUGGAGAUGGAGAUGUGUAUGUUGAUGAUGAUAUUGAUGGAGAUGAAGUUGGAGAUGUGGAUGUUGACGAAGAUGUGGAUCGUAAUGAAGAUAACGGUGCGAACACAACUCCACAAUCCAUUCCAAUGCGUAGUCUAACGCUAGAUGCAACUCCAGAUAUGGUUUUCAUACCCAACAUCAAUGCUGCUCCGGCUUCUCCACAUCUAGGAGAUCUGGAUCCGAUGCCAUGGAUGUCAGAAGUCGAAGCAGUACCAGCCUCGGGAUUGGAAAAUCCACUCGCUGGAGAUGGAGAUGGGAUUGUAGACGCUGAUGCAAAUGCGAAUGCAACUCCACAAUCUAUUCCAAUGUAUAGUUCAACGCUAGACACAACUCCAAAUAUCAUGGGGUUGAUACCCGACUUUACUGCUGGUCUGGGUUCGCCAUAUCUAGGAGAUCUGAUGCCAUGGGUUUCAGAAACCGAACCAGGACCGGCACUGGCAUUAGAUCCGGGAUUGGAGAAUUCAACGCUAGAAGCUACUUCAAAUAUCAUGGGGUUGAUACCCAAUGCCAAUGCUACCACGGCUUCUCUAUAUCGGGGAAAUCUGAUGCUAUCGGGUUCAGAAGCGGAACUGGAACUACCCUCGGGAUUGGGAAAUCAAGUCGCUGGAGAUGAGGUUCUUUUAUCCGAUGAUAUGUACAUGAAUACGGAUUCGCACCUGGAUUCACACAUGGAUAUGGAUAUAAACAUGAACGUAGACACAGAAAUCAACACAAGCCCCUUCCAGACCUCCUGGGAAGGAAUGUACAUGAAUCCUCCUCUGACAGCGGAAGAAAAAGGUUGGGAUUUUUCGAGUGUAGGGAUCGAGGAGAUUGAUGGGUUGUUUGAGGAGAUGGAGAAGGAGAUGAGCGGGGAUAUGGAUGUGGAGAUGGAGAUGGGGAGUAGAGGAUGUGGGUGUUGA